UCCCCCAUCUCUCCCACAAGGGUACAUACCAGACCUCCGCUGAAAGUUCAUUCUUCUGCCGCAACCGAUAGCUUUCUUCUUGCCAUGAACAAAGCGCUUGAGUCGACUCUUUCGGGUCUAAUCCCAUCACUUGUUGGGCCAGUCCCAUCGGAGCUCAUUGAUCUAUCCGCGUCACUCAUCACCCAAUCUCGCAAUCGGAUCAGCAGUUUAAAACCCGUAGAGGAGGCGACAAGAGAUUAUGUUUGUGCUCACAUCGCGUGUGAUAGAUUGCGAAAAAAGCUUGAUCUUCCGGCCAUCGAACCCCGCCCACCACUAGCUAAGAGAGCCUAUGGUGCCCUUUAUAACCAAUUCCACAAAGCCCUGACAACGGUCUCCUUUCGCUCCCAACAGGUCGCCCCACAAGCUCCCCUAGAAACUCCCUCUACUGUUUCUUCCAUUUCUACACCGGUCGCUGGUAGUUCAAAUCUUUCAUCCGUCGAUCCGGAGAUUAAAGCUCAUGUCGUUACACUUUGCCGCGCUUUGGGUUGCCCUUCCGCUGGAAUUCACAUCAUUGCUGGGACUAUUGCGACGCUAAAGGUUGCACCAGAUGACAAAUUCCCUCGCAGAAAGAACUAUGCUCUCCCUAUCAUCACCGCCGCCGCCCUGCUCAUUAUUGAGAAGCUCCUUCCCGAAGGAAAGACUAUCACUGUCGGAUCUGCCGGAAAAUGGAGACGCGGAGAAGGUUACUGUAUGAAGCGUGAUGGCGUAAUGAAAGCCCUAGGGAGUGUUGGUGAAGAUGGAUUCACAAAGGAGGAUACAGAUGGUUGGGUCAAGGAUCUAUCGAUGAUGGGAAUCAAAGAGCUCGAAUGGCUGAAGAAUGUUCCCGAUCAAGGCGGUAUCAAGAAACGCAAGGCCGCAGCUGCUAAUGAGGAGGACUUACAGCUUCAAGCUGAGAUUUUGGCUGGGAAAGCCACCAACACUCCAGCCCGGAAAAAGGCUGUCCCGAAGAGUAAAUUGGGUGCUAGUUCGGCUCCAGUAGAAAAGAAGAGAGAAGUUGCGUUUACUCCUGCACCCGUUGCUCCAAUGGCGGUCAGAACCCUAAGAGCUCGGACUAGGACAGAGACUAAAGUCAAGGAGAAGGAAGAGAGUGGGAUUGGUACUAUGAUGCAGGACAAGGUUGACUAUCUGAACCCUAAAAGGAGAAAGCAAUUCGCAGGAUGGAAGGGCGAUAUGUUGAAGAUAUGCACAGAUGUUGAAAAAGAAACCCCGGGUCAUAGCCAAGGACAGGGACAGCCUGUACCGGUAUAAUCAAUGACUUUCUAAAAUUGCAUUUGUACAACAGUUAUCGUCGUAGGGAGAUUGAUAUAUACGAAGGGAUUCGAUGAUGGCGUUUGGGAGCAAAAGAACAUGAAGGAAAUUGGGCGGACUGGCUUGUAUUUUCUAUUAUCAUAGGACUCUAGCUACCCUUUUACUCCCCCUUUGCUUUUUAACAGAUAAAAUGGGGUCGGCGGAUUAGUCUACAUAUUUAAUACGGUAACAUACGAGAUUCUGUCUUAACCACCAUAAUAAGCACUUUUCUUCAUA